UCUCUCGUGCCCUCUCCGCAUUUCUCCUUUCACCGAAUCAUUUCAUGUUUCUCCAUUUUAUUGAUUUGAUGGGAUUGCCGGGUCUAGUUAUCGAAUGUUCCGUGUAAAUUUUGCUUGAUCAGUGUCCUGAUUUAUUCUUUCGUGAUGGAUAUUGGGUUUUUAUGUUGGGGUUUGCAUGCUCUAGUUUCAAAGAUGUGUAAAUGAUAUCAGAGGAGUUGGGUAAAUGUGCAGCUGUAGUAUUUCUGAUGUUAUUGUUUCUUUUUUUUGGCAAUUGGCUAUAGCAGUAGGCGGACUCAAUAACAGUUUUGAUCUUUGUUAGCAUAUCUAGUCUGAGCUGUUAGAAAGAAACAGUCUGUUUGUCUUCUAAAAAGGGCAAUAAAGAAGAAGAACGAAACAGAGGCUUUCUCCUUCCUUUCAUUAGUGCUAUUUGUUUCUGAAAUAGGGGUGAUUGAAAAUUCGUCAUGAAGCUUUGAAGAGUUCAUAAUUGCAAACUUUGUACUUUUAAUUCUUCAAAUCAUGCCUUUUUCCUUUUUCUUUUUUUUGCUAUGCGAGCGGUGGUCUGUGCUGGUCGCUCACUGAUUAUGUUAAUAUGGAAGAAAAUAAACUGGAGGUUAGAUAGACCUCCUGUAUACAAUAUUUAUGAAGAUCCUCAAUACAAGUGUUGUUUCUAUAUACAAAUCACCUGGAAAGAGUGCAUAGAUUCUCACUACAAGUAUCUCGCUGUAUACAAAAUCAUGUGGAAGAGUAUAUGAAAGAUCACUGUUCUCAUCAUCAAUAGUGUUAAUGUAUAUUGUUGUUUGCUUUUGGUAUCACCAUCAUCAUCAUCAUCUUUUUAAUAAGAUUUUUUCUUUUGCAGCGGGGAUACAAAAAAUGAUUUUUGUAUUUAUUUAUUUAUUUUUAAAUGGCAUGCAUGGAUACAAUGGUACUCCUUGAGAGCUUGAUGCAAGCUUGACGAACUGAGAAUUGGACCUGAUAAUUGGAUCUUGUUGACCUUCUCUACUGAUGAGUUGUAGCCAUCUGAUGGGGAAUUUCUAGGCAUUGAUACCAUUGCCAUUUGGAGCAGUGGUAGUUCUUCUGUGGGAGUGCACUCUAUUGUGAGGUCGGGCAUUUGGAAAGUCCUUGAAGAUAAUUCAUAUCCCACUUGAAUCUUGUCAUCAUGAAUAGGAAUAUCAUAUGUUCUCCCACCUUGUUCUCCUAUUUUUCUUUCUCAAAAAUAAAAAAAUAUAAAAAGCAGUUGUUAUUCUAUCCUCUCUCCUUAUUCCAAAUGCUCAUUUAGACUGAGAACUGUGCUGCUUAGAAAAUGUUCUCUUCCUACCUUAGGAAGUCAGACACACUCUUUCGUAAUCAUGAAAUGCUUGUGUUUGCUGAAAUUAAUCAACUUUUACACUUUGAUGAAGAUAAGUUUUGCUUUGUAGUUGAAGUUGUAACUAUUAUGAUUUUGUUCACAUGUUUGUUGAUAUAAUGAGACACUGAGAGGGACGCGUGUGACUUCUACUAUGUGCAUUAUGUGUGAGAAGUAGCUGUAGCAACGAGUAUUGGCCUUUAAUAUCUGGCUUGUUUAUAAUUAGCAUUGAUUCGUGAGUAUGUGGCCAUUUGUGCUCUAUUGCUUCUUGAAAUUGAUUUUAUCCAGAGACACUGGAGUCACAGUGACUUCUAGUAUGUGAAUUAUGUGUGAGAAAGCAGCUAUAGCAACAAAUAUUGACCUUUAAUAUCUGGUUUGUUUAUAAUUAGCAUUGAUUCGUGAGUAUGUGACCAUUUGUGCUCUAUCGCUUCUUGAAAUUGAUUUUAUCCAAAGACACUUGAGUCACAGCUAGUCAUUUGUCAUUUUUAUUAUUAGUAGCUGCUGCCACAUCUUUUGUAUUAUCCUUCAGAAUGGAUCAUGUGGAUAAUUAUUGCCGCAAUUGAGAUGUCAAUGUUUCACAUCUGGUUGUACUUUUUCUUGUAUGUCGGACCUUGUGUAACAUAUUCAUUGGGUGCAGAAGUCGCUAUUGGAGGCUCCAUAAAUCUAAUGGCUAAUAUGUUGCAGUUGGUUUGUUAUUGUUUCUUUAUGUUGGAUUUUGUUUUAGGUGCCCUCCUGCUUGCAAUGAUGCCUUCAUGUGCUGGCAGUGUUCUUGGAUGGCGUGAAACUUUGUAGCUAGGUCUGAUAUCUAAAAAACAAUGGAGCUUUGUUGCUAGGUUUCUUGUGAUAGAGGGUGAUUACUUGGCUUGAGGUAGUGGAAAACCAUCUUGGGGGUAAAAGGAGUUUAUUUAUUUGUCCCUUCGGUUUUUUUUUGUUCUGGGGAGAGGGGGUGUGCUUCAUUUCGCAGGCAGUAGUUCCCGUUCAUAAUGAAGCCAACGAAUUGGCUUAUGGUCUAACCAGCAAGAAUGCGGACAGUGCAGGGAUUUCUUAUGUACCCCCUCUUUUUCGUGGGGGAAUGGGGCAAUGGGCUGGGGAGUUUGAUGUCUCAGAUAACUUACAUUCUGUCCAUGCAGAAUUUUGGUUCAAGAAAUGAUACCGUCUUCUGUGGAGUCUUUGAUGGCCAUGGUCCCUAUGGCCAUAUGGUGGCCAAGAAGGUAAGGGACUCUCUCCCUCUGAAGCUGAGCAAGCACUGGGAUGCCAAUUUGGGUAUUCAAAAUGGCCUUCACGAAAAUGGGAGUCUGAAUGGAAGCAUGAAUUCAGAGGAAACUGCAUCCAUUGGCAUGGAUGAAGAUCUGGGCGACUCCAUAGAUGCAGAUGAAUAUGAGAAGCUCCCAGAGAUACACAUGACAUUAAGACAGUCCUUUUUAAAGGCUUUCAAGGUUAUGGACAAGGAAUUGAAAUUGCAUCCGACAAUUGAUUGCUUCUGCAGUGGAACAACAGCCGUUACCUUAGUAAAACAGGGUCAGGAUCUUGUAAUUGGAAAUGUUGGGGACUCCAGAGCAAUUCUUGGUACCAGAGAUCAGGAUGACUCCUUGAUUGCAGUGCAACUGACUGUGGACUUGAAGCCAAAUCUCCCAAGGGAAGCAGAAAGGAUCCAGCGCUGUAAAGGCAGGGUUUUUGCCUUGCAAGAUGAACCUGAGGUUGCCCGUGUAUGGUUGCCUAAUAAUGACUCACCUGGGUUAGCCAUGGCUAGAGCCUUUGGUGAUUUCUGUCUAAAAGAUUUUGGCUUGAUUUCAGUCCCAGAUAUAUCGUACCAUCGCAUCACAGAGAGAGAUGAAUUCAUUGUUCUGGCCACGGAUGGGGUGUGGGAUGUCCUCACAAAUAAGGAAGUUGUGGACAUAGUGUGGUCGGCCCCGUCUCGCACAACUGCAGCCAGAGCUCUUGUAGAAUGUGCGGUGCGUGCCUGGAGGCUCAAGUUCCCUACUUCGAAAAGUGAUGAUUGUGCUGUGGUCUGCCUCUUUUUCAACAAGCCACCCCCCCAAUCAAAGCAAGUUGAGGACAAAGCUUCAUCGGAGCCUCCUCUAACCACAACCACAGAUGAUACAGCAAAAGCCACCACGCCUACAGGAGAGUCUAAUACUUCCAACCUUGAGGAAAUAUCAGAAAGAGAUGGUGCUUGGUCUCUUGUUCCAGAGUUUGAUCACUCAACGAGUGUUCGUCACAUUGAGGAGAUUGUUCCUGAUCCUGAUAGGCCUGAGGAUUUGAAGGAAGCCAAGCAAGCUGGUCGGUGUCAUUCUACAAGAAGCCUUGCAGAGUGCAUAUCAGCCACCGAAGAGGAGGAAUGGUCGGCUCUUGAAGGAGUAACACGUGUUAACUCUCUCUUGAACCUCCCAAGGUUCUUGUCUGGGGACAAGAGAUCACUUAGCUGGAGGAAGUGGUUAUGAAGGAGUGGGGGGGAGGGGAAGCCCCAAGUAUUAAAGUAGAAAGCUAGUGAGAGAAAAUCAAUAGAAACAAACAGAGCAGCUAUGGCUAGUAUGUAGCUGUUAGUGUACAGUCACAGUUUGCACUCCUCUGGUUCAUGGCGAGGGCUAGGAUUUGAGUUUGUUCUUUGAAUUGGGUUCUGCCAAAACUGGUCUCUCUCUC